AUGGGAGCUUCGUGCUGUUCAUAUCCAUAAAAACAGAUAACAAACGAAAUAGUAUUAGAUGUGAAAGGGAGCUUACAUACAUUAUCAAAGAAAAGUGUAAACAAUGAUCAAUAUGUUGGAUUGGACAAUGUUCCAGAGAUAAAGGAACAAUAUGAAGACUUCGAAGUCAUAGCAGACUCUCCAUAGGGUAUGACUCCAUAGGACGACUAGACUGGAUAAUAAUGUAAAGUAUUUUAGCAAUCAGAAAGUAAAGUUGAUACUUUGCCUAAGUAUGGGAUUAAGAAAAAGUUAACUGUUUCUUCUGUUGGAACAGUAAAGCUAGGAGCCGAUGUUUUUGUGAAUCUUAAGUAAGGAAGUAUUCACAAGUAUUAUACAACUGGAGAAGUCUUAGGUUAAGGUGCUUAUGGGAAAGUUUGGAAGGUUACUCAUAAAAAUACUGUAGGAAUGAUUAGAGCUAUGAAACAAUUAAAAAAAAGUUCAUUAAUCGUGGAAGAACAACAACGACUAUUUGCAGAAAUGAACAUUUUAAAAAAUUUAGAUCAUCCUCACAUUGUCAAACUAUACGAAUUGUACUAGGAUUAAUAGAACUACUAUUUGAUAACUGAAUAUUUAUCAGGAGGUGAAUUAUUUGAUAGAAUCAAAUCAAUGUCAUAUUUUAGUGAAAAAAAAGCAGCCGAAUUUAUUCGAUAAAUCUUACUUGCUGUUGUUUAUUGUCAUGAAUAAAAAAUUGUACAUAGAGAUUUAAAACCUGAAAAUAUAUUAUUUGCUAACGAAUCCUCUAAUUCACCCUUAAAAGUUAUUGAUUUUGGAACAUCCAGAAAAUAUGAUACAGAGAAGAAAAUGACCAAAAAGCUAGGCACUGCUUAUUAUAUAGCACCAGAGGUUUUAAAAUAAGAUUACAAUGAGAAAUGCGAUGUUUGGUCUUGUGGUGUCAUCCUUUACAUUCUACUAUGUGGAUAUCCUCCAUUUACAGGAAAAACGGAAAAAGACAUAAUGCAUAAAGUGAGUGAGGGCAAAUUUAAAUUUGAUUAGGAAGAUUGGGGCUUUAUCUCGGAAGAAGCUAAAAAUUUGAUAAUUAAAAUGUUGCAGGUUAAUCCAAGUUAAAGAAUCUCAGCGAAACAAGCCUUGCAUGAUCCAUGGAUUGAUAAACACAAUUUAAAUGAAAAAGUCAAUUAAAUUGUGUUAUAAAAUUUACAAAAAUUCCAAGCUAAAUCUAUUUUUACUUAAGCCGUUCUUUCUUAUAUAGCCUGUCAGAUGACCUCUCAAUAGGAGUAAGACGAAUUAGUUAAAACGUUCCAAACUCUGGAUUAAGAUAAGAAUGGGAUUUUGUCAAAGGAUGAACUUAUCGAAGGUUAUGCUUUGGUUUUAAAGGAUAAGGAAUUGGCAAUCAAAGAAGUCAAUAAGAUUCUUUAGAUUGUAGAUCUCAAUUAAAGUGGAUAAGUUGAUUUCUCGGAAUUUUUAAUGGCAGCAAUGAAUCAAGAAAAACUGGUUUCGCUUGAACGAGUUAAGGCUGCCUUCAAGAUAUUCGACGCGAAUGAUGAUGGGAAAAUAUCUAAAGAAGAAUUGGAACUUAUGAUUGGGAGCAUAGAUGAGGAACUUUGGUAAUAGAUUCUGACUGAGUGCAAAGCAGAAGGAGAAAUCACAGAAAAAGAAUUCAUUGAGAUACUACUUAAUCAAAAGCUUUGA